UGGACUCCUAUUUUAUCUUCUUUAUUCCAAUUAAAGUGUAUAAUUAAUUUCCAAGGACUAUUAUAUCAGUGACUAAAUUACAGGACAGGAAUACACAGUACGAAUAUUUUAUCAUCGACGAAACAUGGAGAAAUACGUUUUGAUUCUCGCUGUUUUUCUCUGCAUCUCUUUUAUCAAUGCUGAUCAAGCCGAAAAUAAAAAGUACAGACCUCGCCCUCCAUUGGCGUAUAUCCUCCGUUACUAUGGUUACGGCAGUCAUCCAAUAAUGCAAUGGCUUAAAAACAGACAAAAUAACUAUAACAACCAGGGUACAUAUGCCAACAAUCAAAAUUACAACUCUUAUGGUGAUAACUAUGCAUCGGAGAACAGCUAUGCACCAAAAGAUAGCUAUGCACCAGACAACAGCUAUGCUUCAGACAAGAGCUAUGCGUCAGACAACACCUACACACAAGACAACAGCUAUGAUACCAAUAACAAUUACAAUGCUGAUGCUGACCCCUACAGUGCUACAAAUUAUGCAGAAGAUGAAGACACAACCUAUGAAGCUGACUCCUAUAAUGUUCCAACAAAACAGUACCAAGAUACAUACGAAGACGAGGAAGAAGAGUAUACAGGUAAGAAGUGCUACCAGUGCUCCUACGAUGAGCGAGAUGACAAAAUGAAGCAGAGCAAGGCUGGUUCCUACUACAAGAACAUAUACGGAGGCUGGAAUAAAUGCCGCGGACCUUUCUCAUACGCUCAGGCACAGAAUUACGGUAUUGAUGACUGGAAGUGCGAGAGCAACUGCUACAUUAGGAGAAACAAAAAUGGACAGGUAUAUAGGGGCUGCUACCAAGGAGCUUAUGGCGUAAACCCCGACAAAUUAGGUUGCCACUACCAACAAGGAGCCCUAUGGUGCUUCUGUGCCGGGGACAGAUGUAACUAUAACAGUCCCCCAGCACUACGGAUUAAGAGCAAGCGCACAUAUGCUGAAGAUGACAAAAAGUCCACAUACGCUUAUACUGACAGUGAUGACAGUUACGCUCCUGCAGCUAAUGCUUAUGACAGUUAUGACGAGGAAAAUUAUGACUAGGGAAUUUAUAAUUGUGGAAAUUGUUGCAAGACUAAAUUCUGCAUUUCUCUGAAUGAAACGAUGCAUUUAAAGAUAUGCUAUUCAAGUAAAGUUUAUGUUGUUUUACAACACAUGCCCAUUUUCACAAUCAACGUGCAUUUCUCCAAAUACAUUUCGUUUUGGUUAGAUACAUGUAAUGGUUGGUGGGUGUCGUAGACGCUUGCUGCAAGUCUUAUCAUAUCAGGAACUUUUAAAUGAAAAUCUUUGAUAUCUAAAUACAUCAAUAGAAGAUUUUACAUAUUUAAUUUAAAUGAAAAAUGUUCACAACACUUUACCAUGUACAUACUAUAUGCAUAAUCACAUGUUGUGAAAAUAAACUUAAAAUCA